UCUUUGUUGGUUUGUUUUGAGUGGGCGACGCUCACUUGUUUCCGCAGGUACCGCAGCGGGAUGCGUGUGUGAGUGGUUCAAUUUCGUUUCGCUCCCAGUGUUUACUCGCGCGUCGUCGCAGCCGCACGCACACGUACCCAGCCUGUCCGGCGAACACGCUCGCCACACUCGGCUCCAGCGCAUCCCGGUGUGGUGAAACGCUUCGCACGAUGGCGCCGCUUGCGUGACGCACCAUUUCAAGCCCAUUCAUCGUCGCAUCGAGGACGUGCACCGCGUGCUGUGAAGACGAGAGCGACAGAGUGCAGAGAGAGCGCUAACCAAAAUGGCCGACGCACAUCAUAAUCACAAUCACACUCCGGGACUAAUCCACAUUCGCUAGUGAAUUCAAAUAGUUAAACAUUACACCAAACCAAUCAUCAGUGUACAGUACGAAGUACUAGGGAACUGUAUGUGCGGAUCACAAUAAAAUUGUGCUAAGCACCAGGGAAAUAAGUGCUAAAGAAGUAAUAAAAAAACAAAAGAAUGCUGUGACACAUACAGAACACACUCAAUAACAUUCAAAUUGAAUAUUAAUUUCUAAGUUGUCACAAUGGCUGAACCACAAACAGUUGAAUAUCAGUGGGCUUACAGCAUUAUGGACUCCUCCAGGGUCUCAACUUUUCUCAUCUCAAUGCUGCUCAUAGUCUAUGGCUCAUUUCGUAGUCUUAACAUGGAGCAAGAAGCGCGGGACCGCGCGAAUGGGUCUACAAAUCUCCUACUCAAUCCAAGUAAUAGUGUUCCACUGGAUAACAAUGUGCAGACUUUAGAUGCAAUGCAAGCAUUGUGUUUACCAUUAGGUGCAAGCAUUUCCUUGCUUGUUAUGUUUUUCUUCUUUGAUUCCAUGCAAAUGUUGUUUGCAAUCUGCACAGCAAUAAUUGCAACAGUUGCACUUGCAUUCCUGCUGUUGCCAAUGUGUCAGUACAUCAUACGACCCUGUUCGGACGGGAAUAAAAUAUCGUUCGGUAUCUGUGGGCGUUUUACAGGCGCCGAACUGCUCUCGUUUUCGUUGUCGGUGUUCAUCGUUUGUAUUUGGGUGUUAACAGGACAUUGGUUAUUGAUGGACGCAAUGGGUAUGGGUUUGUGCGUGGCGUUCAUCGCGUUCGUGCGCCUGCCGAGUUUGAAAGUGUCGACGCUGUUACUCACCGGGUUGUUGAUCUACGACGUUUUCUGGGUGUUUUUUUCAUCGUACAUAUUCAGCACGAAUGUGAUGGUCAAGGUGGCGACACGUCCUGCGGACAAUCCGGUGGGAAUCGUUGCGCGGAAAUUACAUCUCGGCGGCGUGGUGAAAGAGGCGCCCAAGUUGAGUCUUCCCGGCAAGCUCGUCUUUCCUAGCAUGCAUAAUUCAGGACAUUUUAGUAUGCUUGGUUUGGGAGAUAUUGUAAUGCCUGGGCUAUUGCUAUGUUUCGUGCUGCGGUACGAUGCAUACAAGAAGUCGCAGGGCAUUCCGACGGGGUCGCGCCUCACGUACUUCCACUGCUCGCUGCUUGGAUACUUCCUCGGCCUGCUGACGGCGACCGUCAGCUCGGAGGUGUUCAAGGCGGCGCAGCCGGCGCUUCUGUACCUCGUACCUUUCACGCUGUUGCCGCUACUCACGAUGGCUUACUUGAAGUAUGUAGAUCGUUGGGAAAUGAAAUGGAGUGUAUCGCCUACCGCAAUUUGAUACAGGUUGUGGUAUAAGGGUGAUUUAAGACGAAUGUGGUCUGAACCAUUCAAAUCCCUCAGCACGACGAAACAUCUCGAAGUGUGAUAAACCCCACAACACAUCACGGAUGAGUUGCUCUCUGCGCAUCAUCGCGAAAGAAACACUCGAAUAAACAGUGCGUCGUUCGCGGAUCAGUGCGCCACGCCUUCGUAAUUAAACAAAACUAAACUUAAACGAAAUGAUCGAAAAAGAAAACUUUAAAAGCAACUUCUCAUCUUGACUCAACAAUAUCAACAUCAUCCACAUUGUAAAUGCAAAUCAACAAGUCAUUCACUAGCGGUUCAUUUGCAUACAAAUAAAAAAAAAUGCUUUAAUUACGUCAUCACAUUAAAUUAAUUGUGAUUGAUCAUACAACUUACAUCAUUGCCAAUGAACAUGAACAAAACAUUAGCGAAACACGACACACGAAAGUAUGUAGAUGAAUACUUUUUUUUUUAUACAUAUAUAAAUAUUAGUUAAGCCUAAAUGUGAUAUAUACUAUGUUUCUGUUUGUUUAUUUUUUAAUAUUAUCACUAGUAUCAUAUUCUGCACCACUUCACACACAAAGAAAAAACACAAUUACAUACACCACCAACACACUACCAUUAAUUGUUAAUUAUACUUAUAAUUAUGCCGCAGUACACAGCCAGCCAGCCAAAUCAUGACACUUUUUUUUUCUUUUUUAUAUUUCAAUUUUUGGUUUGAAAACGUAAACAAUUGUCAAUACUACACUUAUCGAAUGUGUGACACACAAAAAUCAAAUUGUACUAUGCUCGAAAGGUGAAUCGAACGAAAAAAAAAAUUCAAAAAGAUACUGAUGAAUGUACUCAGUAUCGAAAUACAAAAAGAAAAUGACUUUGUGACGAGAAGGAAAUUUAUUGUUAGAUUAUUAUAAUUGCAAUAUGUACGUAUAUAUUAUAUAAAAUUAGUUUAAAACUCCAAGUGACAAGUGGAGCGCAACGAUUGUGGAAUGGAUUGUUGUCGUCUACGUAACAGAAAUUUGUGCAAAAAUUAGUGAAUGCAGCUGUGCAGAAAAAUGUUCGUUCGUGAUAAGCUCUAAGAUUAAGACAUAUGGAUGCAAAUAUCUCGGAUAUCUCUUUACGUUAUACAUACUUGUAACAUACGUUUUUCUUUUUUAUUGCGUUUUUUAUCGAUGAAAUUUGAUUUUGAGUAAUUGAAUUAAAGAAUUUAAAUGUUUUAUUACAAACUUAAA